CAGCAGGAGUGGGGACAACGGUGUUGGCGGCGCCAGGGGGGUUCACCUGUGACUAGUGUGAGUGUGCUCGUGGCGUGUGCUUCACCACCACCACCAGCAGUCUUGUUCCUGCUGCCCGCCGCCUCUACCCUCCUCACUCGUCGUCACACUAUGUGCAAGAAGGAUGAUGGCGUCCCUACACAACACAACCACCAGCUUGCCGCUGACCACCACCACAACCACACCACACCACCACAGUCCCAGCAUCAGUCGCAGUAUCAGUCCGAAUCCCAGCAGCAGGAGCAGCAGCAGCAGGAGCAGCAGCAGCAGCAGCAGCAGCAGCAGCAGCAGCAGCAGCAACAGCAGCAGGUGCCCCAGCUCAGCAAGGGGGAUCUCCAGCACCGCGACGUACAUCCCCCUAGAUCCUCUUCUGGAAACCCUGCGUCUCCGGUUACUCAGAGUUAUAAUGAAGCAGGCUGAUAGUGUAGAAGAUGGUGGCGGUGGAGAUGGGGGGGGAGGAGGAGGAGGAGGAGGUGGUGGCGGCGGUGACGGAACAAGUGUUGAAGAAAAACAAGAAGUCACAACUAACCUGCAGGUCAAGGUUGAUGCUCAAGCCUCGCACACCACCACCUUCAGUGACACCAGUACUGAAACCUCUAUGAAGACUACCACCAGCAAGUUAACCAGGACUACAAAAGUCAAGACAAUAAAAAUUGUCAAGAAGAAGACAACAAGCUCUCUGAUAGCCAAUGCCAUCUCAGAUCUCAAUAGUAAGGCUGAAGAACCACUCACUUUAGUUGGAGAGUCACCCAAGAAAGUAUUAAUAAAAAGAAGUAUUGACACUCCUCCCAGAAAAAUCCCUGGCAUUCCAAAGAAAAUAAUUAAGCCUGUUAGGUGCCAGGAAGUGCUAGAGGGAGGUGCUGAAGCUACUGCAUCGGUCCCUUCACCAAAAAGGGGAGAAUCAAAUAAAACUAAAGAAACAAGCAAGGUUGAUAUUACCAAUGAAACAAAGGUUGUCAGUGAUGCUAAAAAAUCAGUUGUUCAGCAUUCUGUGGAAAAAGCAGCAGUGGAAGUGAAUCAUUCAGUUGAAACAUCAGACAGUGAUGAAAUAAAAACAUCAGCUAAAGCAAACUCUUCUGAUAAAAUUGAAAAUUUGAUUGAAAUUAAAGCAUUACCUGAAACUAAUGAUUCUAUAAAAAUAAACAAUGAAGUAAAAUCAAGGGAAUCAUUAGAAGUUAAGUCAUCCAAACAUAAAAACUCAACUGAAUCACUUGAUUCUGUUGCACAUAAAAACAUCUCUAAAGCCAGUGAUUCAGCUAGGCCUAAGGACUCCACUGAAAUAAAUAAAUCAUUUUCCACAAAAGCAAAUGAUUUGGUAAAAAUUGAAGAAUCUGUGAAAGAAAAUGAUCCAGUAAAGAGUAAAGAAUCCGUGAAAGAAAAUGAUCCAAUUAAGAGUAAAGAAUCCGUGAAAGAAAAUGAUCCAGUAAAGAGUAAAGAAUCUGUGAAAGAAAAUGAUUCAGUAAAAAGUAAAGAAUCUGUGAAAGAAAAUGAUCCAGUAAAGAAUAAAGAAUCCAUGAAAGGAAUUGAUGCUGUUAGCUCAAAAGAUUGUAUAAAAUCAAAUGAUUCAAUUGUAUCUAAACAAAACAAUACUUGUACAGUUGUUUCAGUCAGAUCUAAAGACUAUACUGAAAGAAAUGAUACUGUCAAAUCUAAUGAUCCAAUUAAAGCAGACAAUUCAAUCAAAUUAGAGAUCUCCUCUGAAAAAAGUGAAGUCGUAAAACCUAAAGAAACCGUUGUAAAAAAUAAUUUGGCUAAAUCAAAAGACUGUGUUCAACCAGAGUGUUCUACAGCAAAAGAAACCAGCAUUGAUACUCUUACCACUAAAACUGAUACCCCUGACGAGACUGCUAGUUCGGUAAAAGUUAAAUCAACAAAAGCAAAAAAAUCUACCAAGGUUGUAAGUUCUGUGAGAAGCACAGACUCUUUGAGUGCCGUAGACUCUGCAACGGUGAUGCCUGCAAAAGCCAGUGAGUGUUCAAAAACUGUAGAUAAUGUAAAGGAGGAUGAAUUGGGUGCCACAAAUAACAUACAAAAUGAAGUAGACUCUGACAAAGCAAUUGAAAAUAGUGAUUAUGCAGAUAAGGAUGUAGUGAAUGAUAUUUCUAGUUUGAGUGAAGAAACAAAUGUGAGCUCGUGUAGUAAUGAAAAGACCAAAUUUGCUGAUGCCGAUUCUUUGUUGGAUUCGGAACUAGACAAUGUUAGUGUGUUUGUUAUUGUCCGUGAUAUGAGUGGCCUAACAGCCACAGUAAAUAAGGUGACAAUAGUUACGCCUGCCACAUCCACAUGUGGUGAAUUAAUGCAAGAAGUUGGCCGCCGUUUUAAAUAUGAACCUGACUCCUUCUCGCUGGUUCUACAGUGCUCUGAUGGUGAUCAGGUAGAAGUGGACAAAAUGGAGGCUGAACGCACAUUGGCAGAUGCUAGGUUUCAAGUUGAAGGUACGCCACGGAACAGCCUAAUACUAUGUGAUCUUGGUGGUCAUCCUCCACGGCGAACAGAUGAUGAUGAUCUUAGCCUCGGGGCCUCGGCAUCUCCCACAGCUAAUGCUACAGAAAGAAAGUGGUUUGACCGAAGCAAUAAUUAUGAUAACACACCAGAGUAUUCUUAUCCUUCUGCAUUGAUUAAGCAUGAAACAGUAGGGUUUGUGUAUACUACAGGUUAUGUGGGACUGGUGAACCAGGCAAUGACUUGUUACCUAAACAGCCUCCUGCAGACACUGUACAUGACACCAGAGUUCCGCAAUGCAAUCUAUCAAUGGGAGUUUAAAGGCUGUGAGGAAGAAGCUUCAAAAAAUAUUCCGUGCCAGAUACAAAGACUUUUUCUUCUACUACAGACAACAAAUAAGAGUGCAGUAGAGACGACCAACCUCACCCGGAGUUUUGGGUGGGACAGCAGUGAGGCGUGGCAGCAGCAUGACAUUCAGGAAUUGUGCAGAGUGAUGUUUGAUGCCCUUGAACAGUGCUUUAAAAAUACCCAUCAGUCCAACCUCAUCAAUGAUCUUUAUGAAGGCAAGAUGAAGGACUAUGUUAAGUGCCUCCAGUGUGGUAUUGAAGGAGCUAGAGAAGACACAUAUUUAGAUAUUCCUCUUCCCAUCAGACCAUUUGGCUCCAGUUCGGCAUACAAGAGUGUGGAAGAAGCUCUAAGGGCUUUUGUGGAGCCUGAGUUGCUCACAGGAAACAACAAAUACAAAUGCUCAAAAUGUGAUACUCUGUGCGAUGCUCACAAAGGUCUCAAGUUUACCCGCUUCCCGUACCUGCUUACCAUACACCUCAUGCGGUUUGACUUUGACUACCAAACAUUGCAUAGAAUAAAACUCAAUGAUAAAGUCACAUUCCCAAAUAUCCUGGACUUAAAUUACUUCAUUGAGAAUACGAACAAAGAAGAUGGAAGUGUAUCGACUACAGCUGUCACACCAGAGAAGUCUUCAGCAGAUAAAGUUGAUGAUGCAUCCACCACAGACUCUGGCUCUGCACUGGAUGUAGAAGACAGUUCUGUUGAGAAUACUUCAAAUUCCCAGCCUGAAUCUGAUAAUCAGGAUGAAGAUGAGGGAAUAGAUGUGAGCAGUAUGUACAAUGAGAAGAACAAGACCUGGUUGACGAAUGGCCCUUAUGUCUACGAGCUCUUCUCAAUCAUGAUUCACUCGGGCAGUGCAUCAGGUGGCCAUUAUUACGCUUACAUUAAGGACUUUGCAACAGGGGAGUGGUUCUGCUUCAAUGACCAAAGUGUAACCAAGAUUACAUAUGAUGACAUCAGAAAGACAUAUGGUGGCAACACUUCAAGAGGAGGUUACUACUCCAGCUGGAGCUCCAGUGCUAAUGCUUACAUGCUCAUGUACAGACAAAUCACAAAGGACAGAAAUGUUGAUGCCUUUACCCGGGAGCAACUCCCACAACAUAUCAAGGACUUAGUACAAAGAAUGACAGAAGAAGAAGCAGCAGAGAGAGAACAGCGAGAGCUCGAGAGAUGUACAUGUCGCAUCAAGCUAUUCUGCCAGCCCCCCGGCCAAAGUCAGAUGGUGGAGAAGAAACUCAGAGUUCACAAGGACUCCACUCUCAGGGAAACCACCAAACUGGCUCAUAAGGAGUUGGGGUUAGAAAAUGUUGUUCCUCUAGAAAGAUGUCGUCUGGUCAAGUAUGAGGAAUUUCACAACAGUUUAGAGUGCUCGUUUGAGGGUCAAGAGGAUGAGCUCAUAUCUGAAGUUCUUGGAGGUGUGAGGAAUUCAUACAAGUUUGAUCUUUUGAUGGAAAUUCGUGAUGAAGACAAAACAUUUGAAGUUUAUAAGCCUGGAGGUACAACAAUAAAGGCCCAUGUGGUGAACUUGACAACAGAAGAGGUGGAGGGACCAUGUAACUUGAGAGGGAGCCUCAGCAUGACUGUACGUGAGCUGAAGGAACUACUAGGUCGUUCUCUCAACCUAAAUCCUGACACAAUGAGGAUUGUGUUAGAACGUUACUACAACGAUUUGAGACCGCUCACCCCAGACACCAAGACUCUGAAGACCGAGGGUUUCUAUAGAUCAAACAAGGUGUAUGUUGAGGCAUCUGGUGCUGAGCCUAAUGACUUCUUCACUGGAUCUUGCAUGUACUGCAUCCUAGACCGUUACGAAAACACCAUCACACUCUACUGCCCUCUCCCAGACACUAGUAAAGAAGCGUUAGAAGAACUUCAAAUUCCAGCCUACAAAGAGGAAGAGGUAGAUCCAUCAGGAGGUGAGAGCAGCAGCAACAACAGUGGUAGUUGUAGUGGUGUUGCAUCCAUGUCUUCUGCUGCCUCCCCUGCUGAGAGUGCUGCCAGCCCUGCCAGCUGCUCUAGCAAGGACAGUGGGAUUAGCAGCAAAGCUCCGACUGAAUCCUCCAGUAGCGAGACUGAAAGUAGCAGCAAUAGCUCAAUUGUCAGUCCAUCGGGACCUUGUACUUCAUCACUGUCAACUUCAUCAACUAUACCUGCCAGCAGUCCAGGAUCAUCUUCCAUGCAGGGAAGUGUUGGUGGAAUGCCAGGCGCCACGGCCACCACUCCAACCGCCUUCCCCACCACCACCGGCAAUGGCAGUGAUGGAGAGGAUGAGGGGAUUGCUGAUGCUGACAGUGGUGCCAGUUCAUCCAAUGUCAACAGUGACCAGAGUGCCAGUGAAGAUUCUUCCCUUACCAGUGAUAGUGACAGAACACUAGUAGGAGACCCUCCAGAGGACAAACUUUCUGAUGCUAGCAAUUCGCCAGACUACAGAAAUGUGUCAUCACCUGAAGACAAUGGCACCGAGACGAAGGGAGAUGACUCUGGUUGGGGUUUACCUAUUUUCCAGGACAAUGAGGUAGUCUGGGGAGAGGAUGAGAAGGAAGUGGAGGUCAAGCGGUACUUCAGAGCAGAGUAUUUCACAGAAGAGGACACUAAACAAAAAAUGCUACGGGUUUAUGUAGAUAAAAGGAUAACGGUUGGCCAGCUGAAGGCCGAAAUGCAACGGUGGGUAGGGGUGUCUCAUGAACACUUCAAACUCUUCAAAAUAUACUCCAACAGCCAAGAAUUUGAGUGCACUAGAAUGACUGAAACUUUAGCCUCGUAUGGUGACAACACCAGAUUAAGUGUGAGGCUGGGAAGAGCACUGCUGCCUGGCGAACAAAGAGGGAAAGUUUACAUGCUUGAGCCAGACAAUAUUGAUGAUCCUGCUCGAUUCCUCAUAGAUUGGGUUAUAUGCAAGGGUGACACUGUUGCCAAUGCCAAGAAGGCCAUCAUAAAAGAAGUAAAUACACGAUGUAACAUGACUCUUGUCCCAGAAAAUGUGAGAAUGCGGAAAAAGAGUUGGAAGAACCCCCAGACAAUAUACCUCGACAAUCAAAAGUUUGACGACGACAUCAAUUUGUACUCAAACUGGGAAAUGUUCCUCCAGAUUAUAGAGGGACCAGAGACUAGAACAAGCAGCACUGAAGAAUUAGCAAUUUUUGUGAAGAGAUGGAGACCAUCAACCUAUACUACUGACCGGCUCACUGAGAUCAUUAUACCUAGGUCAACUGUUGAUGGCCUUAAGGAAAAGUUGUCUGAAAUAUCUGGAAUAGAAGCAGAGAAUAUUGAAGUUGCCAAGGGCAAAGGAACAUUUCCAUCUGAUAUGUCUGUUAUUGAUAUAACCAAUGACCUAGAUUGGGCUCCUCGCAGUGGCCCGUUGGACCAGCGGCCAUUUUACAUUCUAGAUGAUGGUGCUAUGAUUUAUUACAGGGAUAAGACUGAAAAGCUGAAGGAACUAUUGGAAGAUGAACGUCGGGAGCUUGUGAACACUGAGAACCGCCGCCUCAACCGUGAACAGCAGUACACCUGUCCAAGUUCCUCAACUUCUACCUAUAGUACUCUAAGAUCCAAAGAAAAGGGACUCAAAAUUUAUCUAAAUCAUGAAGAUUAAAUAUGGAUAAAAACUUGAUAAAUGGCUGUAUAUGUUAUGAUUCCUCUGGAGUCAGAAUAGUAGCAGUUUUUUGGUGAUAAUGGUACAACAAAAUACUGCCAUUAUGAUCAGUGAAAAAAAUAAAAAGAGACUGCUUUUGGAUGUUCAGUUUCUGUACCAGUGCCUAAACCUUUACUGUAAGUCACUACAAUACACUGGAAGGUCAUGGUGUCAGGCAUGUUUAAUUUAAACAAUAUUAUAUGCCCGGUGAUUUAUUUAAAACAAAUAAAAGGUAGAGAUAGUACUGUACAACGUUGACGUUCAUGAUUUGACUUAAAAUUAUAUAUAUCAAGAAAAUUUCUGAAUAAAGUUUAUUUAGAAAAUACUGUAGUAAUAAAUUUCUGUAUAUAAGUUUUAACUAAAGUGACUGUAUUACAAAGGAAAAUGUAAGAUACAUCAUCCAAGCCUAAUGACCCACUUUGUGUUUAUAACCUUCUUUUUUUUUUUUUUCCACAAACCACCUCGGUACUGCACAGGAAACAUAGACUCGUUCUCAAAUAAAAACCAUUUGGUAUACAAAUAUACAGUAGUCUGAAAUACAAUAUCAAAAGCUAGUGUGUGCAAAAUAUUUUUAAGUGUCAAGACACUGUAAGAAGAGUGAAAGUUAAUUCUGCCUAGUGAUGACACCAACCUUACUCCAUGUUGCCAUUGACACGCCCAACAUUAACACGCCCCAUCAACAGUAUUGUUUGGAAUUUUAGCCAAAGAUUAAAAAUGAAUGCAUGUUGCCUUUGCUUUUACUUUAAGUACUAUUAGAACAAAAUUAAAAUGUAAGGAAUCAAUUUCUUCUUUUUGUUAUAUAUACAUUUAGAGGAAUUAAGUUGGACAAAAAUAAAAUGAGAAAAUAAUGGGAAAGUAAAUGUGGUGGACUUGGCCGAAGAAAGUUAGGCAUCCAUUGAAAUACUAGAAGACCUCAAGGAUGUAAUCCCUGUGAGCACAGGCUGCAGUGUAACUACAUAGAUUGUUUGGAUAGCUUUGUUGAAACCUGAAGGGUUUGGUGCAUAAUUGCACCAAACAUAAUCUUUAAUUGCAAUGCAUAAUCAACAUAAUUGAGGCAAAAUAUCAUAAAAAUUUAAUGUCACCAAAGAUGAUAAUAUUUUGGACCAAUAAUUCAUCUUCUGGAAGUUAUUUAUGAUUUUUGUUUACGGGUCUACAUAGUUUACCAGAAAUUAUUUUACAAAAUGUUCAUAAAAAAUAUAGCAGUACAAAAUAAAUCAUUGGCAAAGGCUUUACAAACACUGAUGGUACAGAGAUAUAUUUUAGCUUUCUGCUUAAGCAAAAUUAUCUUCAUGUUUUUGUUUUAAGCAUACAUUAAUGAAGGUAAGUAAAUAUAUAUAUAUUUUACUUGGAUGCAGCUGAUAUCUUGGAGCAAAUUAGUUUGUGCACAGAAUUGAAGGUAAAACUAAACAAUGUUAAAAAAAAUCAUGUAUAAAUAUAUACACAAAUAAAGUAUAGGUUUUGAGAUUAAAUUUAGCUAUGCUCAUUAAGUUUCAUAGUAAAAACCUCCUGUUCAUUCAAAAUCCAUCAUGUAUAUUGCACUGAAGAACAUUUUCAUGCAAUAAUUAACUUAGCAGAUAAUGAUACUGUACUGUUAAAUUACAUUAUCCUCACUCCUCAAAUAAACUAAAUGAAAAUCUGCCUUACUUUAGCUCGAACUCGAGACCAUUUUUGUAUCGUUUCAUGUUGUCAUUUAUGCUCAUCACCUCACUGAUGAACUUGUAUAAAGUUGCAUGUAUUUUUGGCAUUGUCUUGUGGUAAUAUGUGCAUGUUCCUUGUGUGAGCAAAAAAAAAAUAACAAAAACAGCUGGAACUGUAAUGAUGUUGUGUAUGAAUUGUGGGGUUACUGUUAAUUACUUGGGGCACCACUCUACUGCCCAGUGUGUGAUAGACCUGCCUUGUCUUGAGCAGCAGGCACCUUGUACAGUAAUUUACUUUUUUGAAUUCUGUAAAUAGUUGCCAGAGAUAUAAAUCCCAUUUUUCAUAACCAUAUUUAAUUGGUGUUUUUCACCUUUAAAGAAUUGUGAAAUAUUGGGAGUCACACACUCCCUCCUCAUUAAGCCGACACCUUGUAUCAUACUUGCAUUUUAUCAUGUUAUAUAUGAUCCUGUGCAUACUAUGGUUUUUACAAUUUUUAAUGUAUUCUGUUAUUUUCCCAACACUUUUCUCAUGUCGUAUACCUAUGUACUGUAUUUUUUGUAAAUAAAUUUAUUAUUAUAAUUGAAGAGGGAGUCGACAGGAAAUAUUUUUUGUAUUACCUAUGACGAUGCAAGGAAUACACAUUUGUGCAUCCUUUUAUUAAUAACUGUAAGUCAUGUCUUCAAGAACCUAGUCUAUGUUCACAUAUUUGUUGGAACUGUCAUAGUCUCUUGUAUAUUUUGUGCAUAUGUUAACGUUUAUUUAUUAUUUCGAAUGUUUAUCAAUUGGAGAGAUACUAUACAAUGAAGCUUACUUUAGUAAUACAGAAUAAUUAAAACAAACUUGAUUGAA